AUGCGUCAUUCGCCGAAUUAUUCAAACUAUCAAGAUCGAAUUCCUUCUAAAGAUACAACAGCACAAUGGAUUUAUGAUCCGACCAGUGAUAGAGAAAAAUUUCGUAUCAAAAUUCAUAUUGAAGGAUUUGAUCAAAAUGAAGUUCAUACUCGUAUUGAUGGUUGUAAACUUUUUGUAUACGGUGAACGGAUUGAGAACAGAAGUCAAGGUCUAUCAAAACGAAUAAUUGAAAAAUCCUAUGAUUUACCUCCUGAUGUUGAUACAUUGAGUUCACACGUUACUUUUCCUUCGCCGAUAACACUGCAAGUCGAGUUUUCCUCAAAAUAUCCAUCAGUUCAAUUGAUUCAACCAAAUCGAUAUGCGCUACCACGAAAAGUAAAUGAUACUGGCAAUCAUCGAAUUCCAAUACUUCAACGAUUUAAUCAUUCGGUCGGUUCAACACUUUUACCUACACGUUCAAAUGCGAUAAUGUAUAAAUUUCAUCAGCCAAUCGCUGAUCGGGUGAUAACUAAAAAUAACACGAUUCAUAAAGAAACUCACCGAGAGAAACAUCGCCAACGCUCGAGUCCAACAACAACUAUUCAAUCGUCACAUGAACGUUCCGAUAGUCCUACAUCGUUAUCAGACAUGACUGAUGACAGUGAUACCAUUAAUGAAUCAUCGCUUUUUCCUCGAGAAUUCGAUGCGGAUGCUUUCUAUCGAAGUGUGUUUCAACCAAAAGUACUCACUGAUGAUAGGGAUCAACGAUAUAUAGAAAUGAAACUUGAUAUGAAGGAUUAUAAUCCUGAUAAAAUUCAGGUAUCUAUUAAUAAUAAUGAUCUUGUUGUUCAUGUUGACGAAACUAAUUUUUAUAAACAAAUAACACUACCAUCAAAUAUCGAUCUAUUAAGUUUAUCGAUAUAUUAUUAUGACGACAGAAAAGUUAAUAUUAGAAUUAAAUUACUUGAUGAAUAUUCUUCAUUUAAAUAUAUUUAA